GUCAAUCACGAAAUGUCCGCGGAUGCGGUAGCACCUGGCGGAGACGAAGCGCCGAAGCGGCGGGCUUGGCGCCUUGCUGCUUGCGUUGCCCGCAGCUUCUAACCAUAGUCGGCCAUAUUACGCGAUUGCAGCGAGGAAGGGGCGGUGGACGUAGGUGACCUGAAAUACAGGCCAAGGCUUGGGUUAGGGGCACCCCUGGGCCCUGGCCCUGGGCACGAACCACGGUUCCUCGUCUGACACUAACGCAAGGUUGCGUUCCCGGCACGCAAGCACACGUAGCAUAUGGAAGUUGGUGUCUAUAUUCUUUUUAAACUGCAGCUCAACUGCUGAAAGCGGGCUUGGGCCGAUCGCACCUUUUGUGCCCGAGUCUCCUUCAACCGGCCCUUGCCAACAAACUUUCUUUUCCCUUUACUACUACUUAACAUAUUAAAAAUGUCCGCGUGGGCAGACCAAGUGGAGUCUGAGGAGGCCACCCAUGGCGCUCUGGCCAACAACAGUGAUUUCCCGUCUCUGGGCGAGGCCGUGAAGCAGGCCCCGAAGCCCAAGCCGAAGAAGGGCACGAAGAUGGCUCUUGGUGACUUCCUGGGCGCUUCGGCUAAGGCCCCGGCCUUUGAGGAUAAGGGCCUUCAGGACAAGCAAAUCCUCAUGAGCCUGCCCACGGCUCCUCGCGGUGGUCCGCGCGAGGAGGGCGAGGGCCGCCCGACCGGCGGCCUGGGCGGUGGAUUCCGCGACUACGGCGGCGAUCGCGAGGGCCGCGGUAACCGGUUCAACCGCGACGACGGCCGCCCGCCCCGCGAGGAGCGCGAGCCGUCGCGCGCGGACUCGGUCGACGACUGGGGCACCACCCGCAAGUUUGAGCCCACCGGUCCCGGCGGCGGCAGCCGCGGCUUCGGCGGCGGCGGCGGCUUCGGUGGUGACCGCGGUGGCGACCGCGGCGACCGCGGUGACCGCCCGCCCCGGGAGGCACGUGAGCCGCGCGCGCCCUCCGCAGCCGACGUCGUGGACGACUGGGGCAGCACCCGGAAGUUUGAGCCGUCCGGCCCCGCCGGCCCUCGCGGCGGCUUCGGCGGUGAGCGCGGCGGCGACCGUGGCGGUGACCGCGGCGGCGACCGUGAGGGUGGCGAGCGCCGCCGCUUUGACGGCCCGCCGCCGCCCUCAAAAGCCGACCUCGAGGACAGCUGGGGCCGGGGGCGGGAGUUCAAGCCUUCGGAGCCGGCGGCGCGCGAGGAGCGCCGUGGCUUUAGCGGCAACCGCGAGUCGGCUGCCGCUGACAAGGAGGAGCGCUGGGGCCGGCGAGCGGCGGCGGAGCCGGCCAGCACGUCGUCCGCCAACGGCAGCGGCCCCGGCGGCGCGGCGGCGGAGCGCCCGCGCCUGAACCUCAAACCGCGCACUGCUGGCGCGGCCGGCGAGGAGGGCGGCGACCGCAAGGGGGGCGCGAACCCGUUCGGCGCUGCCCGCCCUCGUGAGGAGGUGCUGAAGGAGAAGGGCGUGGACCCGAUCAAGGAGGCUCUGCGGCUGGAGCACGGCGAGGUCAUCCGGGACGAGACGCCGGCAGAGAAGGAGCUCAAGGCGGCUGUGGAGGCGCUGCAGAAGCAGCUCGAGGAGCUCAAGGCAGCGGGCGAGGAGGACGAGGCCGCCAAGGGCAAGGCGGAGGAGGUGGGCGCGGAGCUGGACGCCAAGGAGCGCGCUCUGCUCAAGCUGCAGGUGGAGGAGGACGACAAGGUGCGCUUCGCUCGCGGCGGCGGCCGCAAGGAGGGUGGCGGCGAGGGCGGCAAGGACGGCCCGCGCGGGCCACGUCGGGAAGAGGGACGCGAGCGGCCGGAGCGGUCGGAGGGCGGGCGCGACCGCCCCGAGCGCGACGGCCCCCGUGGCCCCCGCGCCUCGCCUAAGGAGGGCGAGGCCGGUAAGGACGCCGCCGGUGCCCCUCGCAAGGAGCGCUGGUAAAAGCUGCUUCCUAGCGGUGCCUGCAGGGCUCAAUGAUGAUAAUGAUGAUGAUUCUGCCCCAAGAGCAGCGCGUGUGCGUUGCGGUGGUCUUUUUUGAGGUGCGGUGAGGACUGGUGCUGUCGUGCCGUGUUGAUCGAUGCGGCGCUCUUGGCAACAGCAGUGGCGGCGGUUGGAGCCCGGUCUGUUUUGCUGGGCUCGCCGCCGCCAGCAUGCAUGGUCUGAGGGCAGGAGGUCCUCAUGCCGUUCUGGUUCUGCGCUGAGGGUUGAUUGCAAAGGUGAUGAGACGGGAGCGGAGAGUGCAAGCAUGUGCAGGGAAGCGUUUGUGUGCCCCAAUGCUGGGCACGGGGGGCGCAGGGUUUGCGCUGUUUACGGCCUAUUAGAUUGCGACCGGUUGCCUUGACCAGUCGACAGAUAAUCAGGCCGUCGAGUGUGUAUGUGAGUUUGUUUGUUUGACUUCGGUGACCUGGUGUUAACGGGUCAGUGUGUAUGUGGGCGUGCCAAUUCUUCUAGACCCGGGGUGCACCGGUUGAUGCCAAGCUGUGUGGCAUUUGCUGUUGACACGUAGUAAGUAACCCGUUUGUUUUGUGGCUGUUGGCAUCGCAGUUUCUGGGACUCGAGCUGCAGGUGCCGCUUCGAUUGGCUCUUCGAGUCGGUGUGAUGAGGCAGGUCAGACUCUGCGACAGUGUAUUUUGACGGAGCGGUUUGCCGGGGUGGGCCGCGGCAUGCAAAGCAACAGUGUUAACUUUUCCAACUGUCGCAUGCAAGUCCCACUUGGCAAUGCUGCCGUACCUCAUGCCCAGCCCCCCCCCUGGUGCUGCUCACAACUAGCCCGGACACCCACGGGCCGCGGCACUGCUUAGAUGAGUCGUAUCGUGAGUACGGGGGACUGGUCGUGUGCGGGGACGUGGUGAUGUGGGGUACCGUAUCACCAGCAUAUGCCAUGAGUCCAUGACGUGCAACGGUGCAAUGCUUUGAAGCCCACCCGCACAGGAAAGUGGAACAGCCAUGAACAGGACUCUCUGCGCACCGACCACAGCAGCAGUAGUGAUGCGUGUACUUUGCACGUGCGGCGUGCGGCGCGGCAAUCCUCGCAACUACCAACACUUUAACUGACACACGGGGAUCACAAACGGGCUUCCGCGCAACUGCCAACGAACAGGGGCGGCACGUGUCGUGGCGGUUGGUGCGCAGCGCGAGUGGGAGCUGACAGUUGCGCGGGGGCGCGUGUGGGCAGCUGCUAUGGAGUACGGCGGAGCUCGGCGGGGGUGGCGGUUGGCGCCCAGCACGAGUUGGAGUGUGUAGUUGGACAGCGAGGCGUGUGGGAAGCUGCAACAGAGUACGGCGGGCUUGGCGGAGGCUGGUAGUUGGCGCAUUUUUUCCUGCGACUGGCCUUUGGAGGGAUCUGCAUCGGCCUCUGGAGGGCUCUGGCGAACUCUGAAAAGCUCUG